AAAAAAAGAAUAUUGAAGAGUGGAAAAAAAAAAAAAAAAAGGCUCCAUGCGCUACAGUACCAUAGCACAGCGUAAAAGCAAAAGAUAGAGAGAGAAGGAUCUAACCAGCUAAGCAACAAUGGGGUUUGGGUUUUGUUGAGAGAGAACCGAAAGCUGUCGAGUCCUUUUCUUCUGUAGGAAGAGCUGCUUUUUGUUGAAUUUUCAGUCCAAUUUUGAUACUUUCUUUUUUUUUCUCUCUUUUCUUAAUUUUGGGUUGCUUUUCUGGUGAGUUUUUCUCUCUUUUCUAUCUCAAUUUUUUUUUUUUUCUCAGUUUACGGUUUGAUCAUGUGAAAUUCAGUCGUCAUCGGAGUAAACUAGGUUGUUGUAUAUGUCUUUCAAAGUGUAAAGUUUGGUUUUCGGUUGUAUUUUGUACGCUAAGAUCAUUAAGAAUAACUCUGUUUUGAGUUUUUCAGCUUUAGACUUCUAGGUAAUGGUUAUGAUCUUUUUCAUGUCUGAAUUUUGCAUUUGGAUGGGUUUUGGUUUUGGUUUGUUUUGGGUGAUAUUACUGUUAAUAAUAUGAAAAGAUCCGAUCUUUCUGCACCUUUAUGGAAGUUUACUGGGAAAUUGUGAUGAUCUGACUCAGUUGAUCGGUUUUUCUUCUUUAUUUUCAGUAUAUUGAAGACAAUAGGCUGGCUGUUCUUUUACUUUCAACAAUUUUGGAGAUUUUGAGUUUCAAUUUUCACUAAUCAGGACUAGGUUGGAACCAACUGUGUAGAAUUGUGAGAUUUUAACACCCAAUUCUGCCGGUUGAAACCGAAUUAUCAGUUUCAGAAUUCUUCCUCCGUUUUCUUUUUUGGCGGUGAAGAAAGAGUUUUGGUAGUUCCAACAAAUUUGGUGGCAGUAUAGUUGGAACCAUGGCGACAUUUUCACAUACGAAUUCCAGGCGGAUGUACUCUUGGUGGUGGGAUAGUCAUAUUAGUCCCAAAAAUUCCAAAUGGCUUCAGGAGAAUCUCACAGACAUGGAUGCAAAAGUCAAAUCGAUGAUAAAGCUCAUCGAAGAAGAUGCUGAUUCAUUUGCUAGGAGGGCAGAGAUGUAUUACAAGAAACGUCCAGAGCUCAUGAAGAUGGUGGAAGAGUUCUAUCGUGCAUACCGUGCACUAGCUGAAAGAUAUGAUCAUGCAACAGGGGUAAUUCGUCAUGCUCACCGUACUAUGACAGAAGCAUUUCCAAAUCAAGUUCCCCCUAUGCUUGAUGAUUCGGGGACUGAAAGUCAGACACCCGAUAUGUCCACCCCUGCACGGGGCUUUUUCGAGCCUGAUGACUUGCAAAAUGAAUCGUUGGGUCACUCAGAUUCUCAUUUCAACGAUGCUAAGAGGAAUGGCUCUAAAUUUGUCGAGGGGAAGGUGAGGAAGAGCCUCAAGUUUCAUGAGUCGGUAGAUUCUCACCAAAAACAUUCCCUGGCAAACUCUGAGUCGGAUCAGCCUAAAGAAUCUGAGGAGAUCCUGAGUUUAAAGAAGGCCCUUGCUGAGCUUCAAGCAGAGAAAGAAGCCGGCCUUUCUCAGUACAAGCAGAGUUUGGAGAAAUUGUCAGCACUAGAGUCACAAAUUUCGCGUAUCCAGGAGGAUUCCAAAGGACUUGCUGAACAAGCCAGCCAAGCUGAAGCUGAAGCUCAGUCUCUGAAGGAAAACUUGGCUAAGUUAGAAGCUGAACGCGAAAGUAACCUUUUGCAGUAUCGCCACUGCUUGGAAAAGAUAUCUGGCCUCGAGGAUUCUGUGUCUCAUGCUGAAAAGGAUGCUGAGGAGCUUAACCAAAGAGCUAUUAACGCUGAAACCGAAGCUCAAUCAGUUAAAGAUGAACUCGCUAAAGUAUCAGCCGAAAAAGAUGCAGCUCUUGAUCAGUAUGUGAGUUCCUUGGAGUUCAUUGCAAACCUGGAGCACAAGUUAAAGUGUGCUGAAGAGACUGCAGCAAAGUUUAAAGAGAGAGCCGAGAAAGCUGAAAAUGAGGUUGAACGGCUUAAGCAAUCCAUAACCAAAUUGAGAGAGGAGAAAGAAGCUGCAGAACUUGAGUAUCACCAGUGCAUGGAAACCAUUUCAAGGUUAGAGAAUAACCUCUCUUUGGCUCAGGAGGAGGCACAGAGGCUCAAAACCGAGAUUGAGAAAGGAGUCACUGAUUUAAAGGGCUCUGAGGAGCAGCGUCUUCUGUUAGAAAGAACAAAUCAAUCUCUUCACUCGGAGUUAGAAGCAUUGAUACUGAAGACAGGAAGUCAAAGUCAAGAACUUACGGAAAAGCAGAAGGAACUUGGAAGGCUGUGGACUUGCAUACAGGAAGAGCGAUUGCGUUUUGUGGAGGCUGAAACCGCAUUCCAAACUUUGCAGCAUUUGCACGCUCAAGCUCAGGAAGAACUGCGAUCAUUGGCCUUCGAGUUGCAGAAUAAGGUUCAAACUCUAGCAGAAACAGAUACUCAGAAGAAAAAUUUGCACGAUGAAGUUCUGAAGGUGAAAGAGGAGAAUAAAUCCCUCAAUGAGUUAAGUGUAUCCUCAGCCAUCACAAUAAAAGAUCUGCAGAAUGAAAUCUCUAACUUGACUGAAGCCAAAGGGAAACUUGAGGAGGAGGUGGAACUUCGAGUAGACCAAAGAAAUGCACUCCAACAAGAGAUCUACUGUAUGAAAGAAGAAUUGAAUGAUUUGAACAAGAAAAACUCAACCUUCAUGGCGCAGGUGCAUGCAACAGGACUAGAUGCGGACAGCUUCGGUUCAGCAGUGAGGGAAUUGCAAGAUGACAACUCCAAAUUGAAAGAAGCUUGCGAGAGGGAGAGAAAUGAGAAGUUAGCUCUUUUGGGAAAACUGGAAAUCUUGGAACAUCUUAUAGAGAAAAAUUCCAUGCUGGAGAAUUCCUUAUCAGAUUUGAAUGCUGAACUAGAAGCGGUUCGGGAAAAGAUACAAUCUCUGGAAGAAUCUUGUCAGUGUCUAGUGGAUGAGAAAUCUUCCCUUCUUGAUGAGAAGGCAUCGUUACAAGUUCAACUGCAAGUUGCCAGUGAAAAUUUGGGAGAACUCACAGAGAAGAAUACUGCUCUAGAAAACUCCCUUUGUGAUGCGCGUGAUGAACUUGAAGUGCUAAAGACAAAGUCCAUGAACUUGGAGGAAUCCUGCAAUUUACUGGCCAAUGAAAAGGGUAGAGUUGCUGCUGAAAAGGAUAUUUUGACUGGUCAAUUGGAAAGCAACCAAAUGAGACUGGAAAACCUGGAAAACAGAUAUGCAGAAAUGGGAGAACGAUAUUCUGCUCUAGAGAAGGAGAAAGAGUUAUCUGUUGUUAAGAUCCAAGAGUUAGAGACUUCUUUGGCUGUACAAAAGCAGGACUACCUCAAUCUUUGCCAUGCGAAUGAGAUACACUUGGCUUCCAUGAAAGAUGAGAUGCAACUUUUGCAAGAUGAAAUUAAAUUCACAAAGACAGAACUGGAGAUGGAAUUGGAUAAUAACUUUGAGUCUCACACAGAGGUUUUCAUUUUGAGGAGAUGUGCUCGAGAUCUAGAGGAGAAGAACUUAUCUCUAUCAACAAAGAAUCAGGAACUUUUGGAAACAACAAUAUCCUUGGAGGGUAUGCUUACCAACUUGAAGCAAGAUAAUAUGAAUCAGAAACUAGAGAUAGUGUCCCUGUCUGAUCAUGGCAGCACUCUGAGGAAGGGCAUAGAUAAGUUGCUUAAAGCUCUAGACAUUGUUUUAGAGCAUGAAUAUGAUGGUAGGAGAGGGCAGGACCACAUUUAUCUGAAUCACAUCUUAAGUAAGCUUGAAGAUAUCAAAACCUGUUUCUGUAAAACUGAGGAAGAAACUCUGCAUCACGCUGUUGAGUUCUCUGUUCUUCUUGCGAUGCUUGGAGAUCUGGCAUACCACUUAAAAAAUCUUGAAUCGGAGAAAUGUAGCAUUGAACAGGAGUUCAGUUCCAGGAGCAGAGAAUUGUUAGCUUCCCAAAAUGAGGCUCUCAUGCUGCAUCAGGUAAAAGAAGAAAUGAAAAUGAAAGUCAUGGAGGGCGAGGAAACACAGAAAGCCCUACAGACGCAAAUUUCAGAUUUGUGGCAGAGGGUAAUGGAUUUACAAGGGUCUUGCCAAGAUUUAGAGCGAGGAAAUGUUGAAAUUCUUAGAGAGAAGGAAUCCUUGACAAAUGAGUUCUUACAGUUGGAGAAAAACUCUCAGGUUCUGGAAGUGGAAAAUUCCGCUUUGUGCAGUGAAAUUUUGUCUCUGGAUUGUUUUUCUAUCUUGUUGAGGAAUUGCAUUGGCGAGAAGUCUGUGGAGUUCAGCAAGCUUGUUAAACAGCUACACAAUCUUAAUGUUGACAAUGAUGAUAUUAGGCAAAGAUUGUACGCAACCGAGCAAAGAUUGGAGGAGUUACUGAUUCUGAAAGAAAUGGAACUGCAGAAACUCCGUGAAGAGCAUCAACAUACCAAAAUCCAGGAACAAUCACUACGCUCUGAGCUGCACGUGGUGAAAAACGAGGCUGACAUUUGGGAGGCUCAUGCUUUAGACACCUUUGUUGAACUGCAGAUUUCAAAUAUCUUUCAAGUGCUGUACGAGGAGAAGAUUCACGAGCUUACUAAAACUUGUGAGAGUUUCAAAGAUGAAAAUGCAACAAAAGACACUGAACUCAAGUGUCUGAGAGAGAGAGCAAGUGCACUGGCAAGUGAAAAUGAGGGCCUUAAUGCAAAGUUGGCUGCUUUUGUCCCUGCUAUUGCUUUGUUAGGAGCACACAUGUUGUCCUUAGAAGAGCAGACCUGUCUUCAAGGACAUCCCGAGGUAUCUGAAAAUGCAGACCUGAAGGAUGAUGCUACAUUGGGCGAUCAUGCACGUGGAAACAGCACAAAUCAUAAUGAAGUAGUGGAUGAUCCGCUUUUACAUUUACAAUCUCUGCAGAGGAGAAUUCAAUUCAUCGAGGAGGCAGUUACUUCCAAAGAGCAACUCAUGUCGCUGGAAAACCAAAGUGUACAUGCAGAGCUGGAAGCUGCAAUGAAACUGAUUGCAGAUUUGAAAUCUGAGAACAGCCAGCGCAGGAGAAAUUCUAAGCCGAUGUCAGAAGUGGACAAUGGACUUUUAACAAAAGACAUCAUGCUCGACCAGGUAUCUGAAUUUUCACCCUAUCGAAGUAGUAGGAGAGAGCAGGUUGACCCUGAUAGCCGAAGUCUCGAGUCGUGGGAAACCAUCGAUCAGGAUGGCAGCAUUGAUCUCACUGUAAGCAAGACAAGUAAGAUGGUGAACCCAUCAACUGACAGAACUGCUAGCUUCCAUCGGGUGAAAUCAGCAAAGAAACAGAAAAAUGACCUCCCUACUGUGGAAAUACUGGUUGAAAAGGAGCUGGGAGUGGACAAGUUAGAGAUUUCCAAGAGAUUUAGUGAGCCUCUUCAGGAAGGGAACAAAAGGAAGGUCUUGGAAAGGCUUAAUUCUGAUGUCCAGAAAUUGACGAAUCUUCAGAUUACCGUGCAGGACUUGAAGCGAAAGCUUGAGGUUAUUGGGAAGAGCAAAAAGGGAAAAGCUAUAGAUGAAUGUGAUAUUUUAAAGGAGCAGCUGGAAGAAGCAGAUGCAGCAAUCUUAAAGCUAUUUGAUCUCAAUGGCAGAUUGACAAAAAAUGUUGAAAGUGGUACUCCCUUGUCUUCUCACCAUUCAAAGUCAUCUUCGAUGGAUUCAGAUGAAAAUGGAAGCUCGAAGAAGAGGAAAGUAACAGAACAGGCACGGAGGGUUUCAGAGAGGAUCGGGCGGUUGCAGUUGGAAGUGCAAAAGAUACAGUUUGUCCUUCUGAAACUGGAUGAUGAAAAAGAUGGAAAAGGCAAAAGCAAAGCUGCUGAGACAAAAAGAAGAGUUCUGCUCAGAGACUAUCUCUAUGGUUAUGGAGUUAUAAGAUCUAGCCACAGGCGAAAGAGAACUCCCUUCUGUGGAUGCGUCCAGCCUCGGACCGAAGGAGAUUGAUCAAGCAUUUGCUUUCUUACUAUGUUUAUUUUGAUAGCCUAAUGUUUGGUUAGAAUAGCUUUGUAUACUUUAUUUUUCUUCCAUUUCUGUGUCAACUGAGCACCGGUGAGAGUUCAAAACCACUGGUGGUUAGGAAUUGUAUUAUCCCUUUCUAGCCAAAGUGUUGUAAAUCUUUGCCUCUUACCUCUAAAGAUAAGAUACUGCGACUUUCGCUCAAGAUCGUAUGCAGCGGGUUUGAUUAAUUAUCCUGUAGAAUGAUGAAAAGGAAUGUUAUGUAGGCUUUGUGAUAUGUUAGAUAUAUGAAUAACGCAUUAAACGCAG